AUGGUGACUUGUUACCAAAGACAUCCCUUCGAAAUUGAAACGGAGGACAAACUAACGAGUAUAAAUUCGAAAAUAUUUGAAAUCAAAAAGAAAAUUCAACUAUCAGAGGGUCAAAGGAAAUCUCACUAUGAAGAAAACGAAGCUGAGAAGAAGCAGAACAGCGAUCUGAUAGAUACGCUUAAAAAAGAAAUACGAUUAAGGCUAGAGGAACUGGCUCAGGCGAGGCAGGUGGUGGGAGAUGAGGAGGCCCAAAUCAAAAAAUUCCUCAACAAUGUCUGCCCCAUUGGCAAUAAAACCGCUGAUAAACUGAUACACAAUCUCGAUUUAAAGGUUAUAGAACAACGAAAGAUGUUAGAUUUACUUAAAUAUGAAAAGGGAAGUAAAAAGAAGAGGCUACGGAACCUCGAGAAGGAAUACGAGAUGUUGCUGAUAGAGAGCACUAAGAGUGAUUUAGUGAAGUCGAAAAUAACAACGAGGGCUCGAAAAAAUGUAUCUCAUCUGGAAAACGAAAUACACAAAGUACUAAUACAAUGGACCGAAGCGGAAUUGGUUAAGAAAAAAUAUUUUUCGAUCAGGCAGGCCCUUGUCGAAGAUUCUGUGAAAUUCGAAAGUUCCCUUUCGCGUAUAGAGGAUUUAUUAAAAAAGCAAAAUGAGGAAAUAAAAAAAUUAGAGGUGGUGCGCGAGGAGGCGGCGGAGAUGCGCGUGCGCGCGACGUGCGCGACUGCGGCGGAGGCGGCGCGCGCGCACGGCGCCGAGCACGGCCGCGUGGCCGAGCGCGCCUUCUACGCGCAGAGGUUCGAGGAGCGCAGAAGGGAGCUUGAAAAGCUGGAGAAAAGGAUAUUUCCCCCGGCGAUCCGACCUGUACGGCAAGAAUCAGCGAGAUCUACUGAAGGGGAUGCUGCAACAGAAGAUCAGUCAGCCGCCGCGCAGAUGGAGGAAAUGUUCCAGAGACUCAUGAAACUAACAGGAGUAAACGAAGCCGAGGAAGUCUUCUACAGAUUUAGAGCUCAGAGAGAAACAUCCAAAAGAUUGAACUACUUACAACAUACAACAGAAGAUGAGAAAUUACAACUAGAACAAACGCAGACAUCACUGAUGGCUGAGCUGGAAGGCUACAAGUUCGCAUCAGUCAAAGAUAAGGAUGAGGGUCAGGAAGAAAUAUUGGAACUUAAAGCGAGGAUAGAGGAGGAAGAGAAAAGUUACAGAGAACUGCAAGAGAGGUUUGACAACUUGGAGAAGUUCUUGUUGGAAAUCAAGAGAUUGCUUUAUGAUUUAUGUAAGCUGCUCGAUGUGGUCGGCGAGCCGGCGCUGCCCGAGUGGACGGCGGAGGCGCGCGACAUCUCGGCCACGCUGGCGACGCUCGCGCGGCGGUACGCACACGCGCGCGCGCGCUGCGACACGCUCACACGCACACACGCACACACCGCCGGCGCCUCUAAUACCACAAGCGGCGCUCCCUCAGUUACAGGCGUGAGCGCCCGCAGUCCCAGUACUUUAAAAGAGUCCGAGAAGAUCUUACCGACUUAUAAGGAGCUGGUCACCAGAGAACCGGUCAAGGCUCCGCCUUCCGACGAAGAGGAGGACAUACCGUCACGGUGCUACUUGAAGCGACAAGCUCAAUUAAUCGUCGACACGAAGUGUAGGAGGAAGGGAUUCCGUACGCCUUAUCCGAGAAAAUAA